AUGCAUGGGCAUCCAUUAAUAGGACUGCCCACAGCGAAAGGGCAUGGGGGAGAGAAAGGGCAUGGGGGAGAGAAAGGGAAUGGGGGAGUGAAAGGGCAUGGGGGAGUGAAAGGGCAUGGGAGAGAGAAAGGGAAUGGGGGAGUGAAAGGGCAUGGGGGAGUGAAAGGGCAUGGGAGAGAGAAAGGGCAUGGGGGAGUGAAAGGGCAUGGGGGAGUGAAAGGGCAUGGGGGAGUGAAAGGGCAUGGGGGAGUGAAAGGGCAUGGGGGAGUGAAAGGGCAUGGGGGAGUGAAAGGGCAUGGGGGAGUGAAAGGGCAUGGGGGAGUGAAAGGGCAUGGGGGAGUGAAAGGGCAUAUGGGAGUGAAAGGGCAUGGGGGAGUGAAAGGGCAUGGGGGAGUGAAAGGGCAUGGGGGAGUGAAAGGGCAUGGGGGAGUGAAAGGGCAUGGGGGAGUGAAAGGGCAUGGGGGAGUGAAAGGGCAUGGGGGAGUGAAAGGGCAUGGGGGAGUGAAAGGGCAUGGGGGAGUGAAAGGGCAUGGGGGAGUGAAAGGGCAUGGGGGAGUGAAAAGGCAUGGGGUAGUGAAAGGGCAUGGGGGAGUGAAAGGGCAUGGGGGAGUGAAAGGGCAUGGGGGAGUGAAAGGGCAUGGGGGAGUGAAAGAGCAUGGGGGAGUGAAAGGGCAUGGGGGAGUGAAAGGGCAUGGGGGAGUGAAAGGGCAUGGGGGAGUGAAAGGGCAUGGGGGAGUGAAAGGGCACGGGGGAGUGAAAGGGCACGGGGGAGUGAAAGGGCACGGGGGAGUGAAAGGGCAUGGGGGAGUGAAAGGGCAUGGGGGAGUGAAAGGGCAUGGGGGAGUGAAAGGGCAUGGGGGAGUGAAAGGGCAUGGGGGAGAGAAAGGGCAUGGGGGAGAGAAAGGGCAUGGGGGAGUGAAAGGGCUGCAUAGAGCUGCCCCAGCUGCCCCAGUGAACCCCAUUCCAGCUCAUCUGAAGAUCUCCGUUCACUCACAGAUCUACCCUGCCGUCAGCAGCAGCGGUGUGGAACCAUCCUCCACACUCACAUGCCACGGCAACCCUACAAGUAGAUCUAUUGUGAAUCCAAAACCUACUGCCCCCUUCCCACCCACCCUCCCCUCCUCUACUCACAUUUCCCCCCCGGCGUCAACAGCAGUAGUGUGA